CAUCGGGAGGCUUAGCUAGACGAUCGCCUUGUUUUUACCGCUCAGGCAGAGUUGAAUCUCAUAAUACGGUGGGAACACCUUUAACGGUGCUUGUAGGUGUGUGUUUAAAUUUGUGCAAAUAAAAUUGCGCACUUUUAGCAAUUACCAAAAAAAAACUAUACAAUGAUCGGUUCUCAUCUUCGUUGCUUGAACAUACAGUUCUAUCGUUCCUUUACAUCGUCAAAAUGUUGGACCCAUUCGCAGUCUUCGUCCGUACGUAGUUUCUCCGUGACGUCAGCCCUAGAAUAUCAACGAAAAUCGACAAAAGAUAAUCUAAGCUAUAUCUGCAAUUAUAGUAAAAAUCCUUUGGUAUAUCGCAACAUCGGCCAGGAAUUGGAGAGAGCAGCAGCUGAAUAUGGUUCCACCGAAGCUAUUGUCUCUUGUCAUGAAGCUAAACGAUACACAUUCAAAAGUCUCCUGGAUGUGGUGGAUCGCGUUGCUGCCGGUCUUCUAAGAUUAGGCUUAAAGAAAGGCGACCAUGUAGGUUUGUGUGGGCCCAAUAAUGUGCAUUGGUAUUUAACCAUGAUGGGAGCAAGCAGAGCUGGCCUCAUAUCAGUUGGCAUCAACCCGGCGUUCCAAGCCCCCGAACUCGAAUAUUGCCUGAAAAAGGUCAAUGUGAAGGCGCUUGUGUCACCGCUAACCCAUAAAUCUCAAAAUUUCUAUGAUAUUGUCCAUUCCAUAUGCCCGGAGUUGGGGUCAUGUGAGAAGGGUCACAUAAAGAGUACAAACUUGCCUCACCUCAAGUCACUUAUCAUCGAUACUGAUGCACCACUGAAUGGGGCAUUGACAUUCAACGACUUGCUGGAAAUGGGAAGCCAUCCGAGCAAGGAAGAUAUUACCAAGUUACAGUCAUUCAUCGUACCGGACUCACCGUGCAAUGUUCAGUUUACUUCUGGUACCACAGGACAACCGAAGGCAGCAGUUUUGUCUCACUUCAGCUUUGUCAAUAAUGGCAUUCAUAUAGGCAAUCGUAAUAAACUGAACGGAGAAAGAAUAUGUGUCCAAGUGCCUCUCUUCCAUGCCUUUGGCGUUGUUGUUACCAUUAUGCCCGCAUUGACACAUGGCGCCACAAUGGUUCUACCAUCUGCGGGUUUUAGCCCUGAGGACUCUUUGAAAUCAGUUGUGGCCGAGAAGUGCACCAUCAUACAUGGAACACCUACAAUGUACGUUGACCUCAUUAGAAAGCAAAAAGAAAUAAAUCUGCCACUUCAGACACUUCGCAUGGCAGUGACGGCAGGUGCCACUUGUUCGCCACAACUGUUUAUCGACAUUCAAAAUGACUUGGGAGUGAAAGAAGUGCGCACAGUUUUCGGCUUAACUGAAGGUACUGCGGGUGUAUUUCAAUCACGCCCAGGAGAUACCAUGGAUCAAGUUUUGAACACGGUGGGGCAUGUGCAGGACGACAUUGAAGUUAAAGUUAUAGAUUCCGAUGGAAACACGGUGCCGUUUGGUGAGCCUGGUGAAUUGUGCGUUAGGGGAUACCUCACCAUGCUAGGCUAUCACAAGGAUGAAGAAAAAACUAAAGAAACCCUAGGAGCCGAUAAAUGGCUGCACACAGGAGAUCAAUUUGUUUUGCAACCCGAUGGAUAUGGACGGAUUGUGGGACGCUUGAAAGAAAUGCUUAUCAGAGGCGGUGAGAAUAUUUUCCCCAGAGAAAUCGAAGAUUUCCUCAACACUCAUGAAAACAUAAUGGAGACACAUGUCAUUGGAGUUCCCGAUGAAAGAAUGGGCGAAGAGAUUUGUGCCUUUGUGCGUUUACAUGACAAUUCACAGCCCAUGAAUAGAGAAAUUGUCAAACAAUUUUGUAAAGGCAAACUGGCACAUUUUAAAGUUCCUAGAUAUGUUGUAUGCGUGCAAGAGUUCCCCAAAACAACAUCGGGAAAAAUUCAAAAAUUUAAAUUGCGCGAACAAUUUAAGAAAUUGUAGUUUUCCCGCAUUGCAGCCCUUUAAGUCGAAUUAUAGAUAAUAAAAAUGUUUGUGAUAUAUGAUCAAUUAAAAAAUAAAAUAAAACCAAGACUCUCUACGUA